AUGGCUUCUUCCAUAGACCCAGAACUCGAGCUAUUCGGCCUCGUCACAAAGUCGCAAGAUCCCUCGCCCAAUUUCUCGCCCUUUGUAUGGAUAACCAAAGUUGACCUUGCGAUUCUCGGCGUUUCGUACAAGACGAACAAUAAGAGCUUUUAUGAAAUCCGUAACGACCUCGCCGAGCUGGUCGGGGAUCCAGAGGUGUCUGUACCGACGCUCAAGGUCGGUGAUACGUAUCUCCAGGAUUCCUUCAACAUCGCUCUCUGGCUGGAUGAAAAGUACGGCAAGAAUAACACCCUCUUCGGUCCAUCCCAAAACACCAAAGCCCAUACCAAGUUCCUCGAGCAAUGGGUCCUAUGGACACUCGCCGUCCCUAUCCAGGCUCUGAACAGGUCCAUGAUGUACUUUCGUCUAGACCCAGACUCCGCCGCCUACUACCUCCGCUCCCGAUACAACAACGACAUCCCCACCCUCGAGCGGCGCGUUAAGGAAGUAUCCGAGCCUAGCUAUAUCGCUUCCCAAUGGGCCCUUCUACGCUCUCACUUGAAGCCCCUCAAUAUCUUGCUUGGGGAGCAUGAAGCCAAGGGGAAGAGGUUGUUCUUUGAUGGUGAGGGCCCGACGCAUGCGGAUGCUGCCGUAUUUGGGUGGUAUGCGUUUACUAGGGAGAAUGAGGGGUGGAGGGAAGGGUGGGAGAGUGAAGAGAUUGGGUAUGUGAAGAAAUGGCUGGGGAAUAUGAUUGAGCUCGUAGGAGGGGAGAAGGAGCUGCCGGGGCGAUGA